CGAAACUCGAGCGUCUCGAGCUCGGGCGGGUGGCGCUCCACCGAGCGUGCCUACCACCGAGCCACAGGCUCGUGACCAGAUGUUAUACCGCUCCCAUUCUAUGGCGUGACCAGAUGUUACCACCGAGCGUGCCUGCCUCUCAUGGUUCCUCCCGAAACCUUAGAUGCGCACAGGACGGCGAGCGGCGCCAUGGCCGGCAGCACGGAGGCCACAGGAGCCAGGGACGUCGGAGCGAAGGGCGCCGGGCCCGGCGACGCGGAGGCCGCGGGAGCCAGGGACGUCGGCGCGGAGGCCAUGAGCGCCGAGGAUAGCGGCAAGGAGGUAGACAGCGCGGACUCCCCUGUACGACUAGAGUGGACUCGCGUACCGUACGGGUUUCCGUCGCCGCGGCUUAAUAAAGGUUGGCCCGGUGAGAAUUUGCGUCAUAUCUCCUCCUUGAGGAUCUGUCUUGAGAUUUCGAUCUCGCGGGAGCCAUGGCGCUGCGCCUUCUCGGAUCCAAGCUCCCCCAAGCCCUGCCGCGGCAUCUCGUGAGGGGGCUGCCCCCGCUGGCUAAGGCUGCCGUAACGUCGGUACAGGAGAUCUCUGCCUUUGGUUGCCCACCAAGAGCCAAGGAUCUACUGCCUAGAGCCAAUGCUACCUAUAGCCUCAGUUCAUCCUCAAAGGGUCAAGCAGGUUCUGAUUCAAUUUUUGGAAGAAGAAACUUCAGUUCAGGCCUUCCCACUGAAAAUACUCAGAUGAGUUCAUCCAAGAAGGAUCCUAGUGCCCCGGGGAACGUAAAGCCUCCUGCAGCAGACGGAGAAUCUGAUUCCUCAGAGUGCGUGACGUUAAGGAGUUCAUGUGGUUUGCCGAUCGCUGCUUCUUCUGGGCUCACUAUUUACAAUACUGUCGAGAUAUAUCGUUAUAGAUCGUGGUGGUCUAAGCACAUGGAGAAUAUAUCUGAGUACUAAAGUGAAGCUGUAGUUUAGUGGUGCAUUUGAUUCAAAAAGUGCCGGAUCUUUCCUGGACAUUCGACCUUCCAUAACUUCUUCCAUUGAAAACUGUCUUGGUUGCCAGAACCUGA